AUGCAGAAAGGAAGUAUGAUUUAUUUGGACUUUAAAUGGUCGGUCCAGGAAGCCGCUCAGCUUAAAGACUUGGAGCAGUGGGCUCAGGAGCUGUCGACCAACCUGGCCAUCGCCAUCACCACAAAUCCUGCUUCUGGAUGCUUGUUGAACAACUACAGGAAGAACAUGGGAAGCAUGCUGGAACCCUGGGCGGAGUACUUGGAAGGACGACAGUGGGUCCUCGGGACCAGGCUCACAUACGUCGACUUCCUGCUCUACGAGGCAAUGAACUGGCAUCAUGAAUUGAGUCCUGAUGCCUUCCUUAACCACACCGUUCUAAUGGAGUACUGCGAGAGAUUCAGAGAAUAUCCGUACCGCAAGAAACAAUCCCCUCACAGACACUGGAGAUGA